AUGGAAGUAUGUCAUUUGGUAAGAGAUCCAGGAAUUCGACCAAUGAUUUGGAAGUUUCAUCCAAGUAAAAGAGAUGAAAUUCGUCGAGCUUAUCUUAAAGCUGGACCAAAUCAACCAAUAUUUGAUAAGUAUCCAUUCUCGAGCGAUACAAGUCAUCCUCGUCGUUUUCAAGCUUCUUGGUUUGAAUUAUAUCCUUCAUGGUUAGAGUAUUCUAUUGAAGAUGAUGCUGUAUAUUGUUUACCAUGCUACAUAUUUGCUAUGAAAUCUUCAAUCAAUACAGGUUCAAAUGCUUUCAUUGAAAACGGCUUCAGGAAUUGGAAGAAGGCAACGAAAUCAUGUGAUGAUUUGAUGAAACAAUUACAACAUGUUGAUACACUUAUGAAACAACAAACAUUAGAGGAAAUUGAGAAUAAUUGGCGUAGACUUGGAGCAUCUAUUGAUUGUAUUAGAUGGUUGACUUUUCAAGGUUGCGCUUUAGAGGCCAUGAUGAAAGCUCGAGUUCAAAUAAUCGAGAAAGAAAUUCUACAUGUUCUUGCUACAAUGGUAAGAAACUCAAUUAGAAAGGAUAUUGGAGAUGCCAAAUUUUGUAUUAUCAUUGACGAAGCUCGUGAUGAAUCUAAAAAAGAGCAAAUGGCUAUUGUUUUGAGAUUUGUUGAUGUGGAUGGUUUUGUUCGUGAACGCUUCUUUGAUCUUGUACAUGUCAGUGAUACUAAUGCCUUGAUUUUGAAAAAAGAGUUGGUGUCUUUGCUUUCUAUUUAUAAUCUCCAAAUUGAAAAUAUUCGAGGUCAGGGGUAUGAUGGUGCUAGCAAUAUGAGAGGGGAAUGGAAUGGUUUACAAGCUUUAUUUCUCAAUGAUUGUCGACAAGCAUAUUAUGUCCAUUAUUUUGCUCAUAGAUUGCAAUUAGCAUUGGUGGCUGCUUCAAGGAAAGUACUUCAAAUUCAUGAGUUUUUCACACAAUUGACUGCUAUUGUCAAUAUUGUUAGUGCAUCUUACAAACGACAUGAUCAACUACAAGAAGCUCAAGAAAUUGAAAAUGCAAAAUUGAUUGCCAAUGAUGAGUUAGAAACAGGUCAAGGUGCAAACUAA